AUGUACCCUUCAGCAGUCAUCCCUUUGAAUUCGAUAUCGAAGACAGCACCCUUCAAGGGAUAUCACUUGAUCGAAAGGACCACACCGUUUGUGAAAUGUAUGCUGCUAGAUUUUACACCGACCUCGUCUACCCAUAAACAAUUCAAUCCACUUCUGACGCUACAGUCGUCUGAGUACGUCGGAUUGUACAAAAACACAAGCUCUGAAGGAAGUGCGUCUGAUGAGGCCAGUACACGAACCUCAAUCACGCUUCCUAAUCUACGUCACUUGUGGCGCCGAAAACGCACAUUCCUGGAUCUUAAGGGUCGCGUGUACAAGGCUACACUGGCCUUCAUUCUCCAUGUAAUAAGUGACCAACUCCGACAGAGUGGCGAACUUCUCCCCACCAUAAAGAUCAAGAAACUCCUCCGUGUUUUGUAUACGUAUCCCACAGGUGAAUUAGAACCCUGGACGGUGAACGUGGAACCACCUACGACCUCGGAGGUUUACGACUGCAUAUGUUCUCUCAAGCGCCACCGAGCUCCCGGUCCGGAUGACCUUCCACCUGCACUGUUCAAAGACGGGGGUGAAGUCCUCAGUCAGCGCCUGUCCGACUUGUUUGCUUGCAUUUGGGAAAAGGAGUCUGUCCCAGACAACUGGGGAGAAUCGGUGAUAGUGCCCAUUUUCAAAAAAGGGGCGCGUAAUUUGCUGUUGAUGAAAGGUUUGCUGCAAGCUUUCGCCUUUCUGGAUCCUUGGGCGUUUUGGCGCGGUUUAACCGGAAAAGUGUCUCUGCGAGGCCCUGAGCGCUGGGUGGUGGCACCAAGAAGUAAUGAUUUUGGUGGCUCUCCCAAGGAGCUCGUUUUCGCUGAGGACUACACCUUGAAGCCAGCCAGCAGUUUUCUAAUAUGGCGAGUUUUAUAUGGCUUUUUUGGCUGCAGUCGCUCUUCUUUCGCGUUUGUGUGCACACCCGAUCCGCCAGCGAUCAGCGUGGCCAACUGGAUGUACGAGGGAUUUUCCGGAUGGCUGUAG